AUAUUUAUUAUUGAAUAAAAAAUAAAAUAUGUUGGUUAGCAAAAAUAUACAGUUGUUAUGCAGGAGAGUAUUUAAAAAUUCUAACAAAAUUAAGAUUCAACAACAAUGUGAAAGAAGUUUGAGUAGUUUAGAAGCCAAAGAGAGAAGAAAUGAAUUAUUUACUCUAGAAAAAAAACGUCAAAGGGAGGAUGUUGGUAGAAUAGAAAAAAUAGAAGUAAGAUAUUUAGGAACUCCCGAAGAUGUGACUCUUGUAAUGAAUAAAAACUUGUCCACACCGUUUAAUUGUGCACAACAUUUAAGUGAAGUUCACACACAACGUGCUUUGGCUUUAAUUGACGGACAUACCCCAUGGGAUAUGCACAGACCAUUGGAAGAUACAUGCACAUUGCAACUUUUAAACUUUACUGUAGCGGAACCUCAGAUGGUCAACAAAGCAUAUUGGAGAACAUGUUCAUUUUUAUUGGGUGCAUUAGUUCAAAAUGUCUUCAAAGACGAUAUACCAGUAUUUCUCCAUAGUUUUCCAGGACCAAAUAUUCGAUCUGGAAGUUUUGUGCAUGAUUUUGAAUUAGGCAUACCUGAUUGGAAACCAACGCCACAAGAAAUGUAUGCAUUAUCUGCAGAAAUGAUUAAAUUCUGUUCUAAAAGUUACCCAAUAGAAAGAUUAGACAUUUCUGGAGACUUAGCAUUAGAAAUGUUUAAGGAAAAUAAACACAAAACAAAACAAAUUCCUUCUAUAUUGCAUCAAAGUGGAAUCAUAACAGUUUAUCGAGCCGGAACACAUGUUGAUAUUUCAAGAGGCCCCAUGAUUUCAAAUACGAACCUACUUGGAAAAACAUCAAUAAUGUCACUUCAUAAAAUCACAAAUACAGAUACAGUUAGUGAAGGUGGUCAACUAUAUAGGCUGCAGGGUGUUUCAUUGCCGAAAGAACUUAUGAUGAAUCAUUUUGCUUAUGGAAUUAUAGAGGAUAGGGCACGCCAAUUGAACACCUCAUCAAGGAUGCCACACGAACCAUACGCAGCAGACGAACCGCGACCUACACCAGUAGAAGCUAUUUCUUAAAUAGAUUUGUUACUAGAUAAAUAUUUUAUAAUAAUUAAUAACGAAAA